CGGAGGUUCCUGCGCCGCUGUUGGCGCCUACUGUGAGGUUCCGCGCCUCUGUAGUUCGCCCCGUGGACCCCAGAGCCGGGCUGCACACCAACGUCCUAUCCGCACGCCUCUGACCCCACUGACCUGCCUGUCCUAGGAUCUUGGAUAUGGAUCUUCUUCAGUUCCUGGCCUUCCUCUUUGUCCUGCUGCUGUCUGGGACGGGAGUCACAGGCACCCUGAAGACCUCCCUGGACCCGAGCCUGGAGAUCUACAAGAAGAUGUUUGAGGUGAAACGGCGAGAACAGCUGUUGGCACUAAAAAACCUGGCACAGCUAAACGAUGUCCACCAGCAGUACAAGAUUCUUGACGUCAUGCUCAAGGGGCUCUUUAAGGUGCUGGAGGACUCGCGGACAGUGCUCAUUGCUGCAGAUGUGCUCCCAGAUGGGCCCUUCCCCCAGGACGAGAAACUGAAGGAUGCUUUCUCGCAAGUAGUGGAGAACACGGCCUUCUUCGGUGAUGUGGUGCUGCGCUUCCCGAGGAUUGUGCACCACUACUUUGACCACAAUUCCAACUGGAACCUCCUCAUCCGCUGGGGCAUCAGCUUCUGCAACCAGUCGGGCGUUUUUGACCAGGGCCCCCACGCGCCCAUCCUUAGCCUGAUGGCCCAGGAGCUGGGGAUCAGCGAGAAAGACUCUGACUUCCAGAACCCAUUUAAAGUAGACCGCCCAGAGUUCAUUUCUAGCACCGACCCUUUCCAGAAGGCCCUGAGGGAGGAGGAGAAACGCAGGAAGAAAGAGGAGAAGCGGAAAGAGAUCCGAAAGGGCCCACGGAUCUCAAGAUCCCAGUCGGAGUUAUAGCCGGGAGCAGCCCAGGGCUCCGGAGGAGACCAGUCUGGAGGAAGAGACAGAGGCAUCGACUGGGUGAGAGCUGGCCCAUGUGAACAGGGAGGUGGCGUUUGCUCAGCCCCGGUGGAGCCGGCUCUGCGCCCUAACAGAAGUGACUGGGCCACAGAGGGCUGGAUUUCCUUCCAGAGGCCUCCCUGGAGAGGGUGCCAGGAGGCUCUUCAGAGGAUGCCAUGCUGCAGAUCAAACCAUCUCGAGAUGCCGGGGGAGGCUGGAAGGAUCCCGAGCUGGACUCUCCCUUUGGGUCAGGACCACUGGCCAGCUGGCUGCCGCCCUUCAUGAGGAAGCAGCAGCAUCGGGCUCUGAGCCACUUGUAGAAGUGCCGUGCCUGCUGCCGGUCCCACCGUGGCACUGAGCUGCCGGGCACAGGUUCCAGCCCUCUGCAAAGACACAGUAAAAGCCAGCAAAUCCUCUGGGCUAAUGGAUGCUGGUUUGGGCCCCAGGGAGCUGGGAACCCUUUCAUGGGGCAGGGGCCUGGCAAAACAGUGAAGCAGGGGCUUGGCUUAGGUCUCUUCUACCCUUCAAAGCACUGUCCUUCAUGAAGAAGCGUCCCGGGGUUUAGCCAGGGACCUUAGAGCAACAUGAUCUCUGUCAUCAGAUAUUGGGGACCGUCCAUGAACAGGUGCAGGGUAGAAUCAGGUGCAGGGUAGAAUCAAUGUGUCUAGGAGGCCUUUGGGCUAUGGGGAGGGGAUGUCGGGGACAGGCUGUAGCUCUGCAGGAGGCUGUGCUUUGUCAUGGCUGGGCUGCUCCGGGCUGGAUUGGUCAGAGGGCUCCCCAUGGCAGAUACCAGGGGACACAGAGCAGGGAAUUAGUCCCUGAAUGGGCAGCUACCCUUUAAUCAUGUCCCUCCUAGGCAGAGGAAGGAGAGGCUCUGGUGGGAAUUCCAAUUCAGUCUCUCUGACUUGCCAAGCUAGGUCGGUGUCUUAAAAGGGGAGAGACACAUGACCAUCCCAGAACCCUCCAGCACCCCAACACUGACAGAGUCCAAGAGAGACAGGAGUCUUGUCUCAGCCCCUCAGACUUGCUAAGUGACCCUGGCGCAGCCCUUCUCUGCGCUGUGGCUUCAUUAGCAAAAUGAAUUUGACAAUGUCUGAACCCUCUGUCCUGCCCUAAACUGCUUCUCUGAGGCUGGGGCCCAGCUUCUCAGGGACAGAUGUUCUCUGAUGGUUUUUCUAUCAUCCUUUAGGUUUGCUGAGCAUCUCUGUAGGCAUAACAAAAGAGAGGGGCGCCAUCUUAACCCAUCUUCACCUCUGUCCCAUCUGGCGCCCCUCUCCUUCUAGGCUCUCCACCUUGGUUAAUUCCUUCCUCUCCAUCCUCAGAUGGGCCCAAGUUUUCCCAUCUGACACGUUCAAAGAAAGAAACGGAACAACUCUGUUCUCCCUUUCUCUUUCCCUUUGAUGCCAUUGUUGUGGUUACUAGUUCCGGAAACUCUGCCUCAAGUCUUAACUGCAGGCAGAGCCUUCCCACUUCCUUGUCAGGAGGUGUAAAGGCCCCAGGGCACUUGUCCUUCUUCCUUGCACCAGGGUUGGGUCCUGUGGGCAAUGUGCCAUCAACCAGAUGUACCAGCCUGCAUGGGAGUUGUGCUGAUGGAGGUGAAGGCCGCUGCGACCAGAGGGAGCAGUGGGGCAGGGGAUGGGUUGGUUCUAGUGACCAGACUAGACUAAUGCCAGGGGUGCCCAGUGGUGGCAACAAUGACAUCUUUAGUGGUGUUUUCAGCGUGUUCUUGGAUAUUGUUCCUGUUUGCUGAGCUUCCAAGUCUAAUCUGAGGCCCCCCUGGAGGGUCUGGCAGCCCCCUGUAUCCUCAGAGGCAGGGUUUUUCAACGGUGGCACUAUUUACAUUUCUGGCCAGAUAAUUCUUCGUAGUGUAUAUGAGGAUGGGUGUUCUGUGUGUUGAAGGAUAUUAGUAGCAUUCUUAGCUUCUGCCUACCAGAUGCUAGUAGCAGUCUCCAGACAUUACUAGAUGACCCCACGGGCAAAAUCUCCCUGGUCCACAGCCUUUGUCCCUCCUUAUCCCAGCCCCACAUCUUCCUCUUGCUGUCUUGUCACUGCUCCCAGAGAGAUGUUGUUGGAACCUCUUCGAGAUGAUCCUUCCAGGCUUCUGGGCUGCCAUGCUGUCCUGGUUCUCUGUCCUCAGUCUGAGUCUGCUCUGUCUCUUCCUGAUUCUUCCUCUUUCCUCACCUGCCCCUUAAG